AUGUAAUACUUCUUAACAGCUGAAGAAACAAAGCAAUUUUCUUAAAGGAUAAAGAUUAGUUCAAAAAGAGAAGAUCAGUCCAGCUUGGAUUAUCUAAAUUAAAUUAUAUAGAACUUUUAAGAGAAUAUACCAUUUUAAAAUGUGUUUUUGUUGGCAACGCCAGUAGAAAAAAGAAGAAGACUUACUUGGGAUGAGGUAAAGAAUGAUCUUUUAUCUGGACAAGGAGGACUUUGCUAUUCUUUAAAUCUAUUUCUACACAUUUACCUAAAUAAUAUUGGAUAUAAAACAGAUUUAGUAAUUAGUACUUAUAGCUCACCAAAUGAUCACACGGUUAUUAUUAUUAAUGAUUUGAUUUAAAAAGCUGAUAAAUAUAUGAUUGAUGUUGGUUCUGGAUAUGCUUCUUCUUUUGCCAUACCUCUUAAUUUUGGCGAUGAGUCUCCUUAUUAUAGUUUUUCUUACACAACUAUGAAGCUAAAAUGGGAUGUAAAUAAAUAAAAUAUCUUACGUAUCCACAAGUCUUAAACAUCAGGAUAGGAAAAAGUCAUCUUAAAAUUCCAUUUAGUACCUAUUUAAGAUUACAAUAUAGAGCUUGCAGAAUAAGAAAGAAUAUUCACUGAUCCUACUUUUACUCCUUUUCAUAGAAUAUUAUGUAUUUUAACUUUUAAUAAGGAUGGAGCAAGAAAUAUGUAGGAUAAAUAGUUUGUGCGUGAAAAUAUAUAAGCCAACAAAUUACAAAAUGAAGGAGAAGAAAUUUAAGAUGUACAUAAAUUUGUGGAAAUUUGUGCAAAAGAAUUUCCUAGCUUAAAUUCAGAGAUAUGCAGAAAUGCCUAUAACCAUCUCUUUAAUAAACCUAAUUUAUGA